UCAGUGCUACACCUCCCUGAUCUACUGAAGGACAUGUUUGUUUGGCAGAGGUGGGCCGUUGCCUCCUGUGUGACCCUCCUGUGGCUUGGGAGGGUCAGCUUUGGGGUGCCAGAUCCUGCUCGGAGAGAACAGCUACUGCGUGAUGAGGCCUCUCGACAGACAGGGGGCAAGAUGUCUUUGUCCAUUGCUGAGCAAAAACUGAAUUCGCAUCUGCACAAGCUGAAGCUGCAGGAGAUGUCAGCUACAAAGUUUCCCCCUGCCAUGCACUUCUUCAGUGCAAAACCUCUCAUUCAAAACAGCCCUGUUUAUAAACUAAUACAAAAGAUGCCCAAAGGAGCUGCCCUCCACAUUCACAGCACAUCAAUGGUCAGUGUGGAGUGGCUGGUGAAGAAUGUGACCUAUAGGCCUCACUGCUACAUCUGCUUCACUUGGGACAAUUCCGUCCGCUUCCUCUUCUCUGACAAACAGCCUUUCCCCAGAUGGGACUGCUUGUACUGGCAACUGUUGGAGGCACUCAGAGCUAGGAUAGGAGAUCCAACAAGAUUUGAUGAUAGCUUAAUGCAGCACCUCACACUAUUCACGGAGGACCCUGAAAGGGAGUACCCAAAUCAGAAUGUAGUUUGGGAGAAAUUUGAGAAAGCCUUCAUUGCAGCUGCGGGACUAAUUACUCAUGCUCCUGUGCUAAGAGACUACAUCUACAAAGGCUUAGAGGAGCUUUACUAUGACAACAUUAUGUACCUGGAGUUGCGCAGUGGCCUAUCAAGGACAUAUGAGCUUGAUGGCACCAUUCAUGACAAAGUGUGGACUCUUAAAGUCUUUCAGGAGGUCACACAAAUGUUUGUGCAAGAUCAUCCAGACUUUCUUGGAGCUCGUAUAAUCAUUUCUGCCCACAGGGCUCUGGGAGUAUCUGAGGUGAAAACAGUUGUGAAAGAAGCUAUUCAACUGCAGAAGGACUUUCCAGAUGUGGUGGCUGGCUUUGACAUAGUUGGCAGAGAAGAUGAUGGGCGGACACUCUGGUUUUUUAGGGAGGCACUUUCUUUGCCUGCACAACUUGGUGCCACUCUUCCCUUUUUCUUCCAUGCUGGAGAGACAGAUGAUGAAGGAUCAGAUGUGGACCAAAACAUUCUGGAUGCCCUUUUGUUCAACACAUCUCGUAUUGGUCAUGGCUAUGCUAUAGCUCAUCACCCUCUGGCCAAAGAGCUAUCCCGAAAAAGAAAUAUAGCUGUUGAAUUAUGUCCCAUUUCUAACCAGGUGUUGAAGCUGGUUUCAGAUCUGAGAAACCAUCCCGCUGUUGUGCUGAUGUCUGAGGGCCACCCACUGGUCAUCAGCUCAGACGACCCCUCUCUGUUUGGAACGUCAGGCCUUUCAUAUGACUUUUACCAAGCCUUUGUUGGAAUAGGUGGACUCAAGGCGAAUCUAGGCACUUUGAAGGAACUUGCUUCUAAUUCAAUAAGGUGUAGCUCACUACCCACUAAUCUGAAAAACAAACUCCAUGACAUGUGGCUGGAAAAAUGGGAUUUGUUUAUUGCAAACAAUAGUUGACCAUAAGUGGCUGUUUGAUGUAUUGGCUUCAGAGAA